AGUUAUAUUUAUAUAUUUUUUUAAUUGUUGUUACUCUUGUUGCUGUUGAUGUGAUAUGAACACAAUGCUUAUCUGUUUUCAUGACAUAAGUUCAUAUUUGUAAGUCAAAGAGUUUAUUUUAGAUUCGCUGUUACCAAAGAGGAAAAAAAACCAUUGGACGCAAGUACUUAAUUCAAAAUAAAUGGAAACAAGAAAGAUAAGAUUUUGACGGUGAAGAUGAUUAUAACAGCGAUGAGGAUUAUGUUGAUGUUUUAACCAAGUCAAUCUGCUGUCCAGCGUAGUGGUAUUUGGUAUCAUGUAGUAUCUAAUUGUGACUGACUAAAUCUUAAUAAUGACAUUUUAAACCAUUUUGCUUUAUUUUAAUUCAGACAUGAAUUCAAUGGCUAAUACCGAUGUUGAGUCCUCUUCUAAAACUAUUGAGAACAAGGCCACUUCCAGCUUCACAGUAACUUCUGGUUCUUCUGUUGAGAAGAGCACACCCUAUGAUGUGUGGGGAAGUGGUCCUUUUGUCACACCAUCAAACCCUAUUCCUCUCACAACUAAUGUUUCAACCUCUGCUACCCUGUCUAAUGUUGAUGGAAAAGCCGUCACAAACAUUUCCAACAGUCAUGCAGGCCUUCACAUCCAUCAGUCUCAUCAACCUCACCUACACCAUCACCACCAUCAUCAUCACCAGCAGCACAAUCACAAUCACCAUCAUUGCCAUUCUCAUGUAAAUACCACCAACACCACCACCACCUCCAUCACCACACCAACUGCAACAACAAUAACACAAGCAGCUAUUACACCAGAGAAACUUUAUAGCUGUGACAUAUGCAACAAGACUUUAACUCGACGUGACCACUUGAAAGUGCACAAACGCAUCCACACUGGAGAACGUCCUUUUAAAUGCCCCACAUGUGGUUUUGCAUUUGCCAGAAAUGACCAUCUUGUGCGCCAUAUACGUAUUCACAGCAACCAGAAACUAUUUACCUGCGAUAUCUGCAAUAAAGCACUAUCUCGUAGAGACCACCUUAAAGUGCAUCAGAGAAUCCACUCUGGUGAGCGACCGUAUCGAUGUCUAACCUGUGGCUAUGCGUUUGCACGCAACGACCACCUGAUACGCCACAUGACCAGCCAUCAACCAGAUAAGAUGUUCAGUUGCGACAUCUGUAGCAAAGCGCUUUCAAGGAAGGACCACCUAAAGAUUCAUAAGAGAAUUCAUACUGGUGAGAGACCAUUCAAAUGUAAGAUCUGUGGCUAUGCAUUUGCACGCAAUGAUCACCUUAUCAGACAUAAUCGACCAAACAAGGGGGAACGAAAGCUGAGCUGCGUUCCGCAGAAGGACGGUGAAAGCAGUGAUGAUAACCAGACAUUUCAAAAGGAACAGCAUGAUCAUCAUCAUCAGCAUCACCACCACCACCAUCAUCAUCAUCAUGAACAACAUGAUGAACAAGUAAAAGUCCUUCACACACUCAACAUUGCUGGUACAUCACAGCCUCUUAAUGCAACUGCAGUCUCUGGAAGUGGUCAGAUAUUUCAGAAUGCUGCUACACCAAUGUAUCCAAUUGCUCAGAUUUUCCCUUCUAUUCAAGUGCCAGGUAACACCACACAUAUUUAUCAUGCUCUGCAAAUGUUCCCUGCAGCAGGGCUUGGCAUGUCAAACCAGUCAAAUAUGAACCCAAAGAUUACUGACUCCAGCACCCAAGGACAAACAACCUCCUCUCAUACUCAGCCCAGUGACUGAAUUGUUGUGUAUCAAGGAAAAGAGAAAGGGAGCAAUAGAGAGCUAGAGAGAAAGAAAGAGAGAGAGAGUGAUUGAUAUCUGAUGCUUUACAAACUGCUUGCCGUCCAUUACUAUAAAUGAGUUGCAUUUCUUCACCUUUUCACUCUCUCUCUCUUUCUCUCUCUUUUUUGCUCUUACAAACUUUCUUAUUGCUAUUCUCUAUCUCUUUCUUUUGUUCAUGUAUAUUUUCUUUUCUCUCUCUUUCUUAAUCUGACACAUUCUCUCAUUUUUCAUUUCAAACAAACACACACAUACACAAUUUCUCUCACUCUUUCUAGCUGGCAUUUUUGUGUUUUCAUACAUCUAUAGAUAUUUUCUCUCAUCUCUACCUCCCUCUUUCUUCUUUUAUUAUUCUCUCAAUUCUUGCAACAUGAUAUUUUCCUCUAGUAAAUCUCCCCUUCUCUCGCUGUCUCUCUCUCUCUCUCUCUCCCUUGCUCCACCCUCUAUUUCUAUAUAUAUAAAUAUGUAUAUAUAUACACACACACACACACAUAUAUAUAUAUAUAUGUGUGUGUGUGUGUGUGU